GGGAACGCGAAGUUGUGGGGAAGUGGGGCGGCCGGAAGCAGCAAGUGAACAUCACCACGCCAUGCGGUCUUGCAUGCGACAUCGUCUGAACGGAAAUAUCGUUCUCCAGCACAGCCGCAGUAAUGAACAUGACGUGGCAACAACUCACAUCUCUCAAUGAUCCGCAAGAUCCAACUGCUGGCCCACGCCGGCGCUCCAUCUGCUCGCGGCGAGGAUGAAAGAUAUCGAGCCCAGCUUCAUGGGUAUCUGGAACUCCAAGCGGCGCCUCGUCAAUCAUCGCGGGAGGUGGUGGAAGUGAGUUCUGAUAGAACUCGGGGCUCUCAGAUAGAUGCGCACCUCGCUUAUGCGCCGACCGGCGACACCACCUUCGUCGAUGAUACCCAGCUGGCAUAUCAAGAAUUAGAUAGCCAGCUGGUCACAUCCUCGUUACUUGACCUAAUCGGCAGCCCACCUGGCAAGAGGCCGAUUACAGAUCAUGGCCCGUGUUCGUCACCUAAGUCAACGGAGCUAUCCCGUUCGAGCAAGAAGCGAAAGCUUGACCUGGCCGAGCUGCAUCUUGAUCCCUUGAAGCGACCAACAGCGCUCUACGUUCCACUGCUCGAAGAUGGACAACUAGGAUUGGCUCAUAUCGGCGACCAGGCAAUGCGAAGUACGGAAAGCCGAGUGCCUGCCGGUCAUGCGGCUCUUUCUCAAGACCUUGAUGCGGAUGAGACCACUUCGGAACUGCCGACAACGUAUUCUCUCAGCGACAUGACGUCCCAGAGCUCGCGAGCUAAGCGUAAAGAAGCCGAUAAUCAAGCUGAAUAUCGCCCGAACCAGGACGGGGAACGAGAUGAAGUACCUCCUGAGAUGGGAAGUUCACAUGAGCAGCGGGCACCCGAUGAUGAAGAUAUCGCUCGGAGUACAACGAUCGACCAGAUCGACAAGCAGCGUGAGCCAUCACCACCCCAACAAGUCGGCUUGAAAUACAGCAGACAUGAUCUUCACGAUACGCUGGCAUCGCUGUCGACGAGUGUCAUGCCUCCGGAACCAGGAACUGGUCGAGAACGCUUCACCUCUCACGUUACUGAAGCCCUCCAAUCUCUCGCGGACAGCCCGACGAUUGGCCACAAGUAUGCACCUGUCUCCGUGACUCGAGCGAUCCGUCCGCUCGAACGCGGCUACUGGCUCGUCGAUUGCUCUUCUUGGCAACUAUCCGCCCAGAUUGACUUUUGGCAAUUCCUCGAACGGACUAUCCAUCGAGGCAGUCUUGGCUGGGGUGUUUGGUGCACUCGUGAAGAUGAAGGACUGGCCAACGCCGAGAAGGGCGGAUCCAUCGGAAUCAUCAAGGUCUUCUGCUGGGGCGAGAUCGUAAAGCACGUCUUCCUUUUGCUAUACGUCGCAAGCAACAGUCAGGUUAAGAAGCUUGGCUUGAGCUGGAUUGAUGCUGAAGGGACUACCGUCGUGCAGAUGCCGCGGAGAUAACCGUAUUCUCAUCACCGUAUUCUCACCACAAUUACACUUCGCCCUCUGCAUCUUGUUCCUACAAUUUGCACCCACGUGCUCUGUCUGUGUCCUUCUGAACAGGAUCUUUCG